AUGGCGCUCGCCGCUCACGCUGAGACCUGCGGGGCUGUGCAGGCUCAGAGGGAAGCCUCGUGCGCCUAUGUGCUGAUAGUGACAGCAGUGUACUGGGUUUCCGAAGCCGUGCCACUUGGGGCAGCAGCCCUGGUUCCUGCUUUCCUCUACCCGCUAUUUGGAGUCAUGAAGUCCAGUGAGGUGGCUGCAGAAUACAUCAAGAACACCACUUUGCUUCUCAUGGGUGUCAUUUGUGUGGCAGCCUCUGUCGAGAAGUGGAACCUGCACAAACGGAUCGCCUUGCGCAUGGUCAUGAUGGCUGGAGCAAAGCCGGGCAUGCUUCUCCUUUGCUUUAUGUGCUGUACAACUAUCUUGUCCAUGUGGCUUUCCAACACUUCCACCACAGCCAUGGUGAUGCCCAUUGUAGAAGCAGUGCUACAGGAGCUAGUAAAGGUCGAGGAGGACCAUGAGGUGAAUGGCACCAUGGGCAACACUGUCCAGGAAGACCGAGAAAACAGAGGUAUUGAGGAGAAACAUGGGCCACCGUCCUUGGAGCUUAUUUUCAUCAACGAGGAUACCACAGCUGCCAACUUCAGCUCCCUGAUGCAUUCCAAGAACAUGAAUGGCGUACACAUGAUAGCCAACACAAUUGGAACUGUGAGCUCCAAAACCAAUGGGCAGCAUCUACCUCAGGCUCAGAUCCUUGUUCUCCCACCCAAACCUCAAACUCUGGACCUUCGCCGUGAAUGCCGCUAUCAGUCCCAACACGAUCAGAUGGUCUGCAAAUGCCUCUCCCUGAGCAUUUCCUAUGCAGCAACCAUUGGGGGACUCACCACCAUCAUCGGCACCUCCACUAACCUCAUCUUCCUAGAGUAUUUUAACAACCAUUAUCCCAAUGCUGAUGUGGUGAAUUUUGGAACCUGGUUCCUGUUCAGCUUCCCCAUCUCUCUCAUCAUGUUGGUGCUGACCUGGUUCUGGAUGCACUGGCUGUUCCUGGGUUGCAAUUUCAAAGAGACGUGUUCAGUGAGCAAGAAGAAGAAGACCAAACGGGAGGAGAUGUCAGAGAAGAGAAUCCAGGAAGAGUAUGAGAAACUGGGAAGUAUCAGUUAUCCUGAGAUGGUGACUGCAUUCUUCUUCAUCCUGAUGACAUUGCUCUGGUUUACAAGGGAGCCAGGGUUUGUGCCAGGCUGGUCAUCUUUGUUUGAAAAGAAAGGCUACCGGACUGAUGCUACAGUCUCUGUCUUCCUUGGCUUUCUCCUCUUCUUGAUUCCUGCAAAGAAACCUUGCUUUGGAAAGAAAGGGACAGAAGACGUUACAGAUUCUACAGAUGAUGAUAACUCGGCAGAACCCAUCAUCACCUGGAAGGACUUCCAGAAAACAAUGCCCUGGGAGAUCGUAGUGCUGGUUGGAGGAGGAUACGCUUUAGCAGCAGGAUGCAAGACAUCUGGCCUUUCCACGUGGAUUGGGCGGCAGAUGUUGUCCCUGAGUAGCCUUCCCUUUUGGGCUGUCACUCUGCUAGCCUGCAUCCUGGUGUCCAUUGUGACGGAGUUUGUUAGUAACCCAGCAACCAUAACCAUCUUUUUGCCUAUUUUAUGCAGCAUGUCAGAAACCCUGCAAAUCAACCCUCUGUACACCCUGAUCCCAGUUGCAAUGUGUAUCUCUUUUGCGGUGAUGCUACCAGUGGGCAAUCCUCCAAAUGCCAUUGUCUUCAAUUAUGGGCACUGUCAGAUCAAGGACAUGGUCAAAGCUGGCUUUGGUGUCAAUCUGAUUGGUCUAGUGGUUGUUAUGGUGGCUAUAAAUACUUGGGGAAUUAGACUCUUCCAACUGAAUACAUUUCCAGACUGGGCGAUAGUCGGCAAUGUCACCGGCCCAUCAUAGUCAACGGUGACAA